AUGCUGCCGAUCCCGGACAACCUCGCGUACCCUAUCGAGGAGAAGACAUGGGGGAAAUCCGUCGAUACACUCGAUGAGAAGAACCAGACGGAAGGAAUACUAAACGGCCAUAUAACUUGUGUAUUGCGGGCAUGGAAAAUGAUGGGCAUUACCGACCGUGCCCUAUGGAACGAUUUUCGCGAAGAAUUCGAUGGAUGGACUCUGGACACAUUCAAGGUGGCAAGGAAAACCGCAUUGAAGAUGAUUCGAAUCCACCUGACUACACACGGAGUAUGGAUCAAGAUAGCCAUCGGUGUAUCAUACGCGAAGGGAUUGUAUGACUGUCUCCAGGAGGACACUCAACACGAAUGGACCAAAGAAGACAUCGAGGCCUAUCUGAAGGAGCACCCGGACAACUUCAACUCUAGAUGGAACCCUGCGCGCGAUCAAUCACCAACCAUCCGGCCAAAUGCCUCGGCGGCACGAGCUACUUUGGUGAACCUACCAAAUCCUUAA